UGAUAAAAUAAGAUAACUGACCAUCUCUGAAUUGUUUUCAUCAACAAUGUGAACAGUUAGCUCCCGCAGAUAGAAGCUGAACUAUCAGCUCUAAUUUACGGAGCACUUCCGAAAAAUUGUAUUCAAAAAUCGUGCGAUUAGUUCGGUUUGAGUGCUAAAAAUUUAUUAGAUGAUCUAGUCUAGUAUUUUCUAGCGUUAGACUGGUGUCUAGUCGAUGGUUUUCCAGUUCUUAAUUGAUUUUUCGUCGAAUUUUAUGUCUUCGGAUUCGUGUACAGUGUUGUGGAAAAUUGUUCAGAUCCUGUCCCUCAAAUUAAACGUGGAAGUCUGGUUGAGAAAGUAGUUUUUAAUCUGGAGGUUUAAUAUUACGAAUUUUGUUGAUCCCAGGUUCAUUUAUGACCGAAAAUGACCAAACCAGGCGCAAUUUGCCCCUGCUCGUCCCCAUAUCGCUCCACACUACGUUGCCAUAUAUGUGGCAAACCCGUUUCAACAGCAAACUGGAUCUGCGGGGAUUGUAGCGCGUUGCAUCGCAGUCGCGUUGCGAUCGCGUCGCAUUUGAAUCGCAUACGACACGACAUGCAAGGUCUAGGACAAUCUAUAGACAGUUGCCAGUGUAAGUUGGAUAGACUCGAUUUGAUUCUACAGCAGAAUGGGGAGAAAAACUCUGAUUUAGAAAGAAUUCUAAAUGGGGAUAAAAAUGUUGAGCUGCGGCGAAUUCUGAUGGAAAAUGGUGUCAAAAACGUCGAAUUGGAUCGAAUUUUGAUAGAAAAUGGUCACAACAACAUUGAACUGCGAAAAAUUCUUAUAGAAAAUGGUAUUAGUAACGUAGUGUUGGAUAAAAUCUUGAUAGAAAAUGGGUGUGGAAACGGUGAACUAAAUAAGACUCUCAUGAAAAAUGGUGGUGGAACUGUUGAACUAAAUAGUGUACUAUCGGAAAACAGGAAUAAAAACGUGGAAGCCACUAGAAUUUCUAUCGAAAAUGAGAAGAAAAACGUUGGACUUCUCAAUGAAAACCGCAACUCAAAGUUGGGAACAAAUAAUACGGAACUCGCCAGAAUUUUACGUGAAAACGGUAACAACAAAUCUGAAUCAAAUACGAGUUCACAGAAAAAUGGGAAGAGAAUUAUCGAUCUGAAGAGUAUUUUAAGGGAAAAUGGGAAUAAAAAGGGAGAAAUAGAGAGAUUGGAUAGAAUUUUACAGGAAAACGGGAAGAAAGUUGAAGUGUCAAUGUGUACAAAUGGAGGAACAGUCUACUAUCUUCCCAAAAAGAAAGUUCUGGAAGUGUAUUUGGAAGAUGAUAGCAAGGUGGACCCGUGUGAUGUGUUAAAGGAGUUUGUGCAAGGUCGUCUUGUGGUGAUAAUGUUUGGGCUGUUGGCAUUAGCGAUUGGAAUCGUACUAUCAUCCAUUCCGUGGCUCGACUAUCUCAUACUCAAGAAUCUAAGGCUGUGGAACAACACACUGAGUUACCACUACUGGCAGAAGCCAGGUGUACUGAGACUGACCAAAGUAUUCAUUUUCAAUGUCACCAAUCCCGAGGGAUUCCUGUCUGGAGAAAAACCCAGGCUCAACGAAAUCGGGCCGUUCACAUACAGGGAAGAUAUGCAGAAAGUCAAUGUGAAAUUCCACGAUAACGGAACCGUCACCUUCCAACACAAGAAGAUCCUCGUUUUCAUGCCAGAGUUGUCUGUUGAUAAGGAUCAGAAAAUUAUCGUACCAAACAUCCCAUUACUGACUUUGACGAGUAUGAGCAGCGAGCUAAACUACAUGCUGCGAAUGGGUCUGUCGAUGUUCAUAAAGAUGACUCGAAUGCAUCCGUUCAAAACGAUUACGGCGGAGGAAAUGGUGUUCGGCUAUGACGACACGCUGACGUCUAUAGCCAACACGUAUUAUCCGCGCGGGAAACGACCGCCAAAGAAGAUGGGACUGCUGCUAGGGAGAAACGGUACUCUGGAGGAGGUAUCGACAAUUUUCACAGGCCACAGCGACAUGAGGGAAUUUGGUCUGAUCAACCGACUCAACGGUCAGGAUAAACUGCCUUUCUGGCAAAACGAGCCAUGCAACACGUUACAUUAUGCAUCUGAAGGCUCGCUGUUUCCGCCUCGUGACAUCACCAAGUCGGACCUAGUCCAUGUGUACGACAAAGACCUCUGUCGCGCGUGGCCUCUGCGUCACAGGAGAGAGAUAGAGAAGGAUGGCAUCAAAGCGGGACUGUACACACCGGACGACAGCAUGUUCGACAACAGUGAGUCAAAUCCGGACACCAAGUGCUAUUGUCCGGCUGCUGACAAGUGUCCUCCGAACGGACUCCAGAACAUCAGCCCUUGCCAGUAUGAUGCUCCGAUCUACGUGUCAUUCCCACAUUUCUAUAAGGCUGAUAAGAGCCUCUUGGAGACUGUGGAAGGACUCAAGCCAGACCAGGAGAAGCAUGAGACUUAUUUCAAAAUAAACCCGAAAAUGGGUGUAACACUGGAGGCCAAAGUGAGAGUACAAAUGAACCUGAAGGUGGAGAAAGCUAACAUCAACCCUGUACAGAAUUUCCGCAGUAUUAUAUUCCCUAUCAUGUGGCUGGAAGAGGGAGUGUCAGACCUUACCCCCACCAUCCACCGCUGGGUGUACCUGUCGACAACAGUCGCCGACCGCCUGGGUCCCUCCAUCAACUACUCUCUCAUCCUGACCGGCAUCAUCAUCCUGGUCACCAGCUUCAUCCGCGCCUACAAGGACCUCGUCUUCACCUCGGACAACAUCGAGCUGGGCAAGCGGCAGAUCCGGCGCGGAAGCAACUUCAUCGUGAACGGGGUACAUGGUCAGGUGAUGAUCAUCCGCGACUCCUACGCUCUACUGCACAACAACACCACUGAGACUGCGUUUUGCCCCGAGCAGGAGGCUUUAUGAGUGGCAAACCAAUCGGGAGAACCCUGUUCAUAAAUCCUGGUUCCAAAAUACCCAAAGGAAAUCCUUGGUAAUUCUCAAUGGAGUAAAAUAAUAGAUGUCCUUGGAGGAGAUCCUUGAUAAUUGUCAAUGGCUGUAAUCUAUGGGGAAAUCCUUGAUAAUUCUCAAUGGGGUAAAAUAAUAGAAGUCCUUGGAGGGGAUCCUUGAUAAUUAAUUGUCAAUAAUCUUUGGGGAAAUCCUUGGUGAUUCUCAAUGUGGAAGACCUUCAAUGACCGCUUAAUAAAGAGAGUCAUUGAUGAUUAGUUCUUAUUGAGGAGAAACUUACAUGAAAUCCUCAUAAGGAAUGUCCUUGAUAAUUAAUUCUCAAUGAGGGAGGCCUUACAUGAAUUCUUGAAAGGGGAAGUCCUUGAAUGAGAUAAUCCCUGAUAACUAGUUCUCAAUGAAAUCUUAAUCGAGGAAAGACCUUGAAGGAAAUAAUCCUUGAUUGUGAAUUCUCAAAGAGGAAACCCUUCAAUGAUCCUUGAUAAUGAAUGUCAUUGAUAAUUAAUUCUCAAUGAGGAAUAACAUCAAUGAAUUCUCAAUAAAGAAAGUCCUUGAAGGAAAUAAUCCUUGAUUGUGAAUUCUCAAAGAGGAAACCCUUCAAUGAUCCUUGAUAAUUAAUUAAUUCUCAAUGAGGAAUACCUUCAAUGAAUCCUUAAAACGAAAGUCCUUGAAGGAAAUAAUCCUUGAUUGUGAAUUCUCAAAGAGGAAAUCCUUCAAUGAUCCUUGAUAAUUAAUUAAUUCUCAAUGAGGAAUACCUUCAAUGACAUCUUAAUAAAGAAAGUUCUUGAAGGAAAUAAUCCUUGAUUAUAAAUUCUCAAUGAGGAAAUCCUUGAUGAGGAAUGUCCUUGAUAAUUAAUUCUCAAUGAGAAAAACCAUCAAUGGAUUCUCAAUAAGGGAUGUCCUCAAUAAUUAAUUCCCAAUGGGGGUAAUUCUUAAAUAGAUCAGGGAGAUCUUUGGGGAGACUGGGAUUAUCGAGGAAAAUUCGAAUAAACUCGAUUGAUUGGAUCGAUAAUUGAGGGUUAGUUUAAAAUACUCAAAAAACUAAUACGGAGUGGGACAAUCGUUAGGGGAAGGAUUGAAAAUAAUGUGAUAAGGAGAAAUCUCUGAUAAUCAAAGAAAAGUGAGGAAAUAUUCCAAUAAUUAUCGGGUGGAGCUUGUAAUAAGUUGAAUAGACAGAAAGAAGUUUGAGAACUCUAAUAAUUAUUGGGAAAGAUUUUCUGAUGAAGUGUAAUGAUUGGGAACAGUUUAGAUUAACUCUAGUAAAGAGGGGUAUGGAAGAUUAUUCGGGAUAUUUGUUCAAAUAGCUGGAUACUCACAAAAAUAUGAAAAUACUCUGUUUAUUAGGAGGAUGUUUUGAAUUUUAAUGAUAUUGAAAAGUAUAGAUGAACUCUAUGAAAGUAGGCUAGAGUAUUUAGCAGUUCUAAUGAAGUUGGGUGAGCAAAAGUUGGAAAAUAAAAGGAAUAAAGUUAUACUGCUUGGGGAAAGGUUUGUAUAUUCUUCUCAACAGUAGCCUUUCACGUUUGAAAGGGACCUGCUCUGAUAAACUUGAUCAGUUUAGUAAAAGUUCUGAAAAUUCAGAGAAAAUCAAAGUUUAGAAAGAAAUUUCAAUGAAGACGGAGGGUAAUCGAGUAUAGUUCAAAAAUGCUCCAAUAUGUAGGAGAAAAUUCGUAUAGUUAUAGAAAAGUCUGUAAAAAUUCGAAUAACCAUGAAAAGCUGGUGAAAACCUGGAAAUUCGAAGGUACCCCUAGGAAAACUUACAAUGAGCAAUAAUAUCAUUGACUGACUUUUGUACAAAUAGGUAAAAAUAAAAUCGUCAGACCUCGUUAGGAUCAAAACUUUGAUUAGAAUUAUAUCCUGUAGUUAUAUUAUAUACAUAUGUAUUUUAUCUGAAUGGUUUGCUCACUUAUAUAGAGUUUAAGUACAGUGAAACGUGUAUAAAGUACGCUAAGUUCAAUCAAAAUGAAGUCGAGGUUUGUUCAGAAGACUUCACCCUUUAUGAUUCUCGGAGAAAUUCUAUAAAAAAUUCGAGAAAUUUGUUGGUAAAGUUAUUGUUGCAUCAAUCAUCAUUAUGGAUUUCGUUCUAUAUAACAAUCUACAAUAAUAUUUGCUGCAAGAAUUGAAAGAAAGUAUAAAAGUUCAAUCUAUUAUACUUUCACUCACUUAAUUGGCAAUUAUUCAAAUGUUGAAUUGAUAAUAUGAGGAGUAUUCAAAUGAGAAUUGCAAUGUACUUACUGAGGUAUAAUUUACUCAAUAGAAGUAUUUUUACAAUAAGUAUACAGUUAUCAAAUAUGAAAAAUAAAAGAGAAGACACUCAGUAUACAUAUUCAAUUGAACUUGUUAGUAAAUUUCUUAAAAUGCAAUACUGUGUACCUAACAAACAUUGCAGAAUAUACCGCCAAUUUAAAAAAUAAUCAUUCUUUACUUUAGUUGAAAAUCAACUAUAAAAUGAUUUUUUAGAUAUCUCAGGCAGAGGCUUUCAGAAAUAAAACAUUCCAUGUAAAGACUGUACUGAUUAGUUUUUAUUUCUGGUAAUAGAUAUACAUCAAUUCAUGAGAAAACCAACUUCAAUACAUAAUAUUCUGGUACAAUUCAAUGAAUACUAUACUAAUAUAACACAUAGUCUCAAAUUCACAAUAUGAAUAUCUGAUACAUAGUUCAAGAUAUAGAAUAGAAAUAUCUGGAAAAAUUUAGACUAAUUACAAUCAAAUUAAAAGCAUUUUCAAUUGAAAUACAUGCAGUUGUACCAAAUAUUAGAAGUUUUUGGAAAGAUCUCGCUAUAGGCAAAGGUCAACCAUUCAGUUUUGAUGUCCUAAAGAAGAAAAUAGAAUCUUAUGAAUAGAGCUAAUGGCAGGAAUAUUUGGAGGAUCUAAACUACUGUAAUAGUAGAAAAAGGGAAUCUUAAUUCUCGUAGUUUCGAACAAAAUUAAAAUGGGAAUGAUUCUUUUAAAAUAUUCAACAACUUUCACAUUUUUACAAUUUUUGAACUGCGUACAGAAAUAAAAUAUUUACAGGAGAUCUUCUAGUCAAACUAAUUAAAACCUUUAGAUUAGAUUUUUGCAAUAAACAAAACAAAAAAUAGGCCAGACAAAUAUGUGCAAUGAAUUUGAAACGGAAAUUUUUAUCAAUUAGAAAUUUGAAUUUUAUUCAGUAAAAUAUGUUCAUAGUACUUGAAUGUGCUGGCAAAAAACAGAGAAAUCGUUGGAUAGCUAAUUUGAACAGUUAUACUCGGAUUUCUUGAAAAAAAAAAUACCAAAUGUAAACUUGUGAGAUGUAGCAACACUUUUGUAUGAAUGAGCAUAAUAUUCAAAUAAGGAUUCAAUUAUUAUCAAGUAUUGUUUUUAAUCUACAAUUUCUGUUAAAACAGUAGUUCGUAAGUUGAUUCAAGUAUUGACUCAUGUAAAUAUUAGAUAGUAAGUUAUAUUAUCAGUGUAUGUAAUAUUAAAAUUACUAUUUUAUAAUUAUUUUUUCAAACUAUUUAUAUUGGAGAAAUAUGUCUGUGUUAUACACAAGCAUAGUUAGGCCAUUGAAAUAUUAUAUAGCUCUUUUCUAUUA